CCACUCAGUUGGAGGGAUUCGCCUGUGAAAGGCGCUGUGGGGUUGUCAGUUGUCCGAUAAAAACAACAGCGUAGCGUGAAAAAGUGUCUCCAUGUUGCAGUGAGAGAGGACAAGUGAAGGUGCUAUUGCGUGCAUCAGAGCGCCACCAACAUUCAGCAUCAACAUUCUCGUGCCGCGAUGACUAUGGACGUGAAAGCGGAGACACAGAAGAACACUUCGCCGCAGGAGUGCGCUGGCUGCGGCAAGAACAUCACCGAGAGGUUUCUGCUGAAGGCGCUGGACCGCUUCUGGCACGAGGACUGUCUCAAGUGUGGCUGCUGCGACUGCAGGCUGGGGGAGGUAGGCUCCACGCUCUACACCAAGGCGGACCUCAUCCUCUGCAGGAGAGACUACCUCAGGUUGUUUGGCAACACAGGCUACUGUGCGGCGUGCAGCAAGGUUAUCCCAGCCUUCGAGAUGGUGAUGAGGGCCAGGAACAACGUGUACCACUUGGAGUGCUUCGCCUGUCAACAGUGCAACCACAGGUUCUGUGUGGGCGACCGCUUCUACCUGUGUGAGAACAAGAUCCUCUGUGAGUACGACUACGAGGAGCGACUCGUUUUCGCCAACAUGGCGUACAACCCUCCCAGCAUCGCCCACAUCAAGCGACAGACCAGCCAUCUACCGCCGGGUUCUGUUACAUCACCUCUUAUGAACGGUACUGCAGUUGGUAUCCGGACGUCGAACGCCGUUCUGCCGUCGGCAGGAGACCUGAACAACAACAUGGCUAGUGCGGGCCACCUGAUGGCCCAUCAGCUACUCCCCGCGGGUCACAUUAAGUCUUCCCCAUCUCUACAACUCGGCACAGGGAGGUGAAACCAGCAGCGACAUUGCCAUCUCCACGGACCGAUUGGCUGUAGAUUUUAAGGAACUUUUAGGUGACGCCAUUUGGUUUCCCGGCAGGCCACGCAGAUGUGCUGUACCGCUAGAAGACGCAGUUCAGCCAGCACUGAGGAUUAUUAUACAGGGUGUUUCGAAUAAAAUGCAGUGAAUAAAACAGAUAUUUCGGCUGAAAAUAUUCAACGAUAGCAUGACUAGUUCGGUUUGGAUUGAAAGCAGAUAUGAUGACCCAAAUAAUGCGUCCUGGUGUUCACUUUUUCUCGAAAUCGAUGUCAGAUUUCAGUGUUUAUUGAUGGUGUAAAAUGCACUAUAAAUCACUGACGUAUGUUGGUCACAGUAAUGUACAAAACCUAGAGCACUUCAAAUGUUUCUUUCGUUUAAUUUCAUGCUGUGCGAAAUGAAUAGGUUGUCUGUGAAACAAAUAAGCAUGUAUUUGUAAGGAACCAGUCAGACCGACCAUAUUGGUUAGCAGCGCCGAGAACAGUUUUCUACUUAAACAGCCCUCACAUCUGAAUGAGAUACUUUCUACCCGAACACGAUACCAAGAUAGAUCUGAACUGAAAUAUCCCUCUACAUUAAACUGCUGCUCAAUGAAAUUUCAAUUUUACCUAUGAUUUCUCUAUAUCCAAAACUUAGAUACUUCAUGCAUGUGACAGGGAAUGCCUUCAGAAGGCUUCAGAUGGCCGGUCAGUCCCGUUCCAGUGACAGGAAAAGCGGUCGUAAAAGAAGUGACGGACGCUGCACAACUGAACUCUUCAAGAAUGUGAUGCCAUGGCAACGGACGCCACAUGAACACGAAUAAGAAAUACAGAAUUGCAAUUGUUGUACAAAGACAGCGCAGUAUUUAAAUUUAUAGUAAACCGUCGCUAAUCCGGAUAAUUUGGGAGGAUGGAGAUAGAUCGUCCGGAUUAAGUGACAAUCCGGAUGAGUGACGCAAAAUGUAGCCCUACAAGACAAGACAAAAUAAUUUAGAACAUAAAUGCAAAAUUUAAUGAUAUAAGUAGUGCAGAUAAAAAUAUCACUGUAGAGCCUUUAUUUAAAGUCUAUAAAAAGACAACACAUUUAUUCAUCAAUACAAGCCUCAGAAUUUGUACCUAUUUUUGAACGUGAUAUUGCAGGUCUCAGAAACUGCCAUUUUUUUUUCUGAACAGACAAGUGUCUCAUCUCUUUUCCUAAAUGUCGUUUGUCCUUUAAAGUAUGUACUCAUCUGUGAAAGGAAUUUUUAUUUUUCCCUGCCAUGCCCGAAGAUCGCGGGUUCAA